GCUCUGUGGCUCCUGGAGUUGGGCCGGGACGUGCUGGAGGCCGCGGCUGGGGCGCGGGGCCGCUGGGCGCCGCCGGGGACCUCUGCUUCAGUCGUGGGAGUAGUCCUGAUGGUGCGGCGGGCCCUGGACGCCUAGAGCUCUGGAGGAAUUUAAGAAGAUUUUAAGAGCAUUUCAAGUGCAUGGGAUAGAAGAUGAAUUCUUCCUCCUCCACCGUGAAUGAAGAACCUGACGCUCUGUCAGUAGUUAACCAGCUACGGGAUUUAGCGGCAGAUCCACUAAAUAGAAGAGCCAUCGUCCAAGAUCAGGGAUGUCUGCCUGGCCUGAUUUUGUUUAUGGACCAUCCCAACCCCCCUGUUGUGCACUCAGCUUUGCUUGCUCUUCGAUACUUGGCAGAAUGUCGUGCAAACAGAGACAAGAUGAAAGGAGAACUUGGUAUGAUGCUAAGCUUGCAAAACGUUAUACAAAAGACAACAACUCCAGGAGAAACAAAACUUCUGGCCUCUGAAAUCUAUGAUAUUCUUCAAUCUUCCAACAUGGCAGAUGGUGAUAGUUUUAAUGAAAUGAAUUCACGUCGAAGGAAAGCUCAAUUUUUUCUGGGAACUACGAACAAGCGUGCCAAAACAGUGGUUUUGCACAUAGAUGGUCUUGAUGAUACGUCUCGAAGAAAUCUAUGUGAAGAGGCUUUGUUAAAAAUUAAAGGUGUUAUUAGCUUUACUUUUCAAAUGGCUGUUCAAAGAUGUGUGGUGCGAAUUCGUUCAGAUUUGAAAGCAGAGGCUUUGGCAUCAGCUAUAGCAUCAACCAAGGUUAUGAAAGCUCAGCAAGUUGUGAAAAGUGAAAGUGGGGAAGAGAUGCUGGUCCCAUUCCAAGAUACUCCUGUGGAAGUAGAAGAGAACACAGAGCUGCCUGAUUACCUGCCUGAGGAUGAGAGUCCCUCAAAGGAACAGGACAAAGCAGUGUCUCGUGUUGGCUCACACCCAGAGGGUGGAGCGAGUUGGCUGAGCACAGCUGCAAACUUUUUAUCCAGAUCAUUUUACUGGUGACUUCAACUUCAGUUUGGGGCUCAAGGACUAUGUCAACCAACAAGGGGCCAGUUUUCCAUUGUUGUGGUGAACUGUCAAGUGCAAUUUGCAAUAAGUUAUCAUGAAAGUUUUUAGAUUACACGAUUGCGUAUGCUGCAUUUUACAUUUUAUUGGACAUUUAUCUCACUGAGUGGUAUAACAGAGGCUACAGGUGGAGUUUGUUUAUGAAGGUAUUUUGGUAUUGUUUUCCUUUGCUUAUUUGCCUCACAAUUUUAAAAACAUGGGUCCACUGUUAAAACCACAUGUAUGUGCAGCUUUUCAUUCUAUUUUAUACGAAGCAUGUGAUUAGGAAAAGUAAUGUUCGCCUCAUGCCUCAGGAUCUUUCUGAAGAGAAGUUUUUCAUAGCUCAAGUUGUGCAUGAAUUACUGAAUUCUUUGUCAGCUUUUCUUCAUGAACAAUACAUGAUACGUGCUUUGGUACUCAUCACCAAAAGUUGAAAACAUAUCUUGUUUGCCCUCUUUUGUGCCUUUUUAAUUUUGCCAACCAUGUUUAUAGAAAGGACAUUACUAAUGACAUUCUGCAAACUGAAAUAUAUAGUAGUCCCUUAAAAUAUAAUUCUUUAAAAAAUUACAAUCUUAUGUGAUAUAAAUUUAAUAAGGUUAAUACAAAAUCAGUUAAGAAAGAAAUGUGUAGUAGCAGAGUACUUUUGGAAAUAUUUGAAUGCGACCAAAUGUGGCUCUAGUUGACUACUGUUCACUUUGGUUUUGAUCAGCUCUUAAGAGUUAGAUCCACCGUGAUACUGUGAGCAAUGUAAAUGGUCUGUCAGCCUUACUGUGUGAUUACACACUGUGUCCUGCUAGAAAAGGGUAAUUGUAGUAAAGAACUGACAAACUUGAAGAAAGAAAACAGAAAUUUCAAUGCCUAUAAUGCCACAGUGCCACUUUGGUAGCAUCUAACCUAAUAAGAAUUGCCUGGCUGAAGCCUAUACAACAGGGGUUUCUUUUUACUCUAUUUUGUGAGGUUAUUUUAAAAAUGCUGCAGUCAUAUUCAACUUUAUUUUUUAGAUCCAAAAUAUUGCUUAUAAAGAAAGAAACCCAGCAUUGGUCACUUACUUUGUUUCUCAUAUCUAGCCAGAUAAAAGGGAUUUCAUUGACAGUAAGUUAUAUAAAUAAAUAUAUACAUAUAAGUGUUUUGUAGAUAAAAACAAAUUACAUGUAUGUAAUGCUUUUUAGAAGUUCUGAAAUAUUUGGCAAGUAAGAUUUUCUUUUUGGAAAUCCAGCUAAAUCUGUUUUAAUGUUAACAUGAUUAAAAACUAAUAGAAAGAAACUGAAGUUCAUUAUCGUCACCAUGUAGAGCUGCUAUUUUACUACUUGGAGAAUGUGAAGUGAAAAUUAGACCUUGGAGGAUUUCCUUUCAUUUUUAUUGCUUCUCUUUUAGAGAAAUAUUAAAGCAUCCAGUGUUACUGGAGAAAAAUAAUUGUAAAAUACCAUCACUAAUAAGAGUUUUGAGCUCUGUUCAUUAACAUUCUGACUCUGUGGAGGGAAAAGUGCUGAGAAUAUUGAGAACAAUUAUUUUUUUCCUGUGUCUGGUCUCUGGUUCAAGUGAUAACGCACAAACAGGAGAUACAAGUUUUCAGGGCACAUGCUGCUUUAAAUGCAUACGACUACUUGUUGCCAGAACCAGAUGUGAUGGAAAAUAAAAACAAAAACACCUCUUUUCUAUAGCCAUUAAAGCAAAGUUUACUUUUUGUUUUAACAAGCUUUAGUUCUACUUUGCAUUAUCACACAUCUGCUUAUUUAAAAGACUAACCCUUUGGUAUUAUGGUUCAGUACAAGUAGGUGUUUCAGCUUGAUGUUUAUGUGUUCUAAGUGGUCUUUUAUUCCCGGUCUUGUAAAGCAGUCAAGGCAACUAUAAUGGCAUUUUUUGAAAUAUAUUGUAAAAUAAUAAAAGGUAACAAUUAAAAUUAAA